AUGUCGUCGACGAUUUAUACUCCGAGUAGUACUACUCCCGCGAGAAUGAUGAUGACGACAAAAUCCAAGACGAUGAAAACGAGAGAACCAAACACUUCUUCUUCUUCUUUAACUUCUUCUUUAACUUCUUCUUUCUUUCCGACGAGAGGAGGGAGAGCGUCGUCGUCGUCGUCGAUGCGAACAAAAGCGAUCGACCCGCAAGUCGCGCUCGCGGUGGCGCAACAAAACCUCUCCUUGGCUUUAGUUUUAGGCGCGGAAGGCGUUCUGAAUUCCCAGCGCAUGCCUUCUGAUUUUAUCGGACGACCGGAUUUGCCAAAACUCGCGCCAGGUAUCGCCGGGUGCGCUACGGCGUUCGCGUUGAUUAACAGCGAUAACGACGUCGUCACGCCAAUUGGGUUAGCGGUUGGCGCGUUGGCGUGUUUAUACGUGAUUAAAAUUGAGUUUGAUAGAUUGAACGAAACGAAAGACGAUCCGUUAGAUUGGCCGGGACCGAAGGUCUUUCCCGGCGGUUUGUUGGUGUUUGGAUUGUUGCAGUUUCUCACCAACGCGCAAGGAUUCGUGAGAGAGAUGUAA